AAGAAAGGCAAGGGAUCAUAUGGCCUCCUGUGUCUGCUUCGUCAGAGAAACAAUACACACAUGUAUGUAUAUGUAUCUCUCUAUAUCUAUAUAUACCCAAGACACUUCCGAAUUUGCUUGGCAUCAAUUGGGUUUAUUCAUCACUGCAAGAAAUACCCAGAUAGCCUUUUGUAACAGUUGUUUCGUUUAUCUCUAUCUCUCCUUGUGAUUUUUAUAUUUCAGAAUUAACAAUUGCAAAAGAGUACAAUUAUUCAAAAAAAUCUUUGAAAAUGGAAGGCAAUACAAGUGGUAAAUUCAAGAGGAUUUGUGUCUUCUGUGGGAGCAACUAUGGCCAUAGAGAAGUCUUCAGAAUCGCUGCUGCUGAGUUGGGGAAUGAACUGGUCGACAGGAAAAUAGAUUUGGUGUAUGGUGGAGGAAGUGUUGGGCUGAUGGGUUUUAUUUCCCAGAGAGUUUAUGAUGGAGGUUGCCAUGUUCUUGGGGUCAUUCCAAAAGCCCUUGUUCCUCUCGAGAUAUCUGGUGAAUCUGUUGGAGAAGUUAGAAUUGUUUCAGACAUGCAUGAGCGUAAAGCUGAAAUGGCUAGAGAAGCUGAUGCUUUUAUUGCUCUUCCAGGUGGAUAUGGAACUAUGGAAGAGCUUCUAGAGAUGAUAACAUGGUCGCAACUCGGAAUUCAUAAAAAACCGGUUGGUCUGCUAAAUGUCGAUGGGUACUAUAACUCUUUGCUUGCAUUAUUUGACAAUGGUGUUGAAGAAGGAUUCAUCAAGCCAAGUGCUCGACUCAUCAUCCUUUCCGCUCCAACUGCCAAAGAGCUUUUUGUAAAGAUGGAGCAAUACACUCCUUCCCAUGAUCAUGUUGCCCCUCAUGAAAGCUGGCAACAGAUGGAGCAACUGGGUAAAUACCCAAAGGAGCGAAACCCCCAAUGAGUAUCUUGUUGGUGGUAGGUCUAUUGCUUCAGUCAUUCCUGGUUUGAUUUGUCAUAGUUUUUGAGUUGUUUUUGAAAAUUUGGCUCAAAAUGGGGCCACUUGUAUGUUACUAUGUACUUUUGUUAUUCUUUGUGAUUUGAUUUCUAGUAGAAUCUGCCUUCAUGUUUUACAAGAAACAUUGGAAUAUAAUGGAAGUGGUUAAUCAACACUAUUCCCUAGUC